AUGAGACAACAGCUCCUACUCUGUUGUGCGAGUAUUCUUGCUCUGAUGGUGCUUCCAUCAGAGUCUGCACUGAGCUCUGGCUGUGGAAAGUCCCUUCCAGAUGAUUUUUCAUCGGGUCAAACAACUUCAAUUUCAGUUCCCGCGACGAAUGGUCAACCCAUUCGUCACUACAAAGUGCACCUCUCAGCCAACUAUCAAAACGACCGAGGACACGCGAUUGUCUUCUCCUUUCAUGGUCACAAUGGGAAUAUGGCAAAACAAGAGGAUCUAUCUCAAUUAUCUCUAAAAGGUAUACUUAUCAAUGGUGCGGGAAUUAUCGCCGUCUAUCCCAAAGGAAAGGAGGGGACGGAUGGACAGAGUGCUUGGCAAGGUGCACCCUAUUCUGCUCCCGGUGUGGAUGAUAUUGCCUUUGUGAACACAAUGAUCGCCACGCUACAAAGUACAUUCUGCGUCGAUUCGUCUCGAAUCUAUGUAACAGGCAAGAGUAAUGGUGCAGGAUUUGUUAACCUCCUAGCCUGUACACCAUUGAUAGCUUCAAAGAUUGCCGCCUUUGCAACUGUCUCAGCAGCUUUCUACACGGGUACAUUCAAUGGAGAUUGUCCUACCCAACGUGCCAUACCCAUUCUCGACUUUCACGGUACUGCAGACACUGUCGUAUCCUACAAUGGUGGACAAUCACACGGUGGUACACAAGUCAGUAUUGACGAUUUUCGACAUGGAUGGGCAUCACGCAAUGAUUGCCAGAAUAAAUCGACAAUCUCUCAUUUAUCGAAAGAAACAGAUCCUCAACAACUAAUUGAAAUUCAAACGUGGAACACGAACUGUAAAACAGGUGGUAUUGUCAUAGGAUACAAGAUCACUGCAGGGCAACAUUCAUGGCCUCGUACGACAUUACCAGUAAAAUGCAAUGGAAACGUAGGAACGAAUGAUUGUACCACUACCGUGUUUGAUGCUACAACGAGUGUUAUCAUUCCUUUUUUCAAUACGCACACAUUGUAA